UUUCAAAUUCAGUAUACUUCGUGUUGACCCUCUGAUCUUGCAUUUCAUCUCCUUUGAUUUCUGAGAAUUUGCGUUUGCUUUUCUGAAUUUACAUCUCUGCACCUGCAUUAAUUUCUGUUUCUCUGCUUUCUUCAAUUCAUCAGCACCUGCGAUUUUAUCAGUUUCUAGCUUCUGUGGAAACUGAUAUCUUGUUCGAUCUCUACCUGGAAAAUUAGGUUGAUUGGAAGUGACUUUAGCAUCUCUGCUUGCUCUUAUGUACGCUUGAAUGAGUUCUUUUUAAUUAUUUACUUUCUCAAUUUGUUUUUCUUUGAGGAAUAAUUUUUCUGUAUUUGCUACGAGCAUGGCGUAAAUUCACUUAUAUUCUCUAUAUUUGUGGGUACCAAAUAACAAUAAAUAUAUUGAGCUAUGUGGAUCAUAGAGUUGUUGGCUGGUGCUAAUCUAUUUAUCAUCUAUGGGUACUAGGUAGAUUGAAGGACGGGAACAUAGAUAUGUGCCUACAACAUAUUAAACUUUUGUUUUCCGAGUUUGCUCGUGGAAUUGAACUUCUUAUAGCGAGAACUUUGGAUAGCUGUGUUUUUGGAACCAGUGUUUGUGGAUGAAUAUGUCAUUUGAGCUUGAUAUCUACAUUUCUUCGGAGUGAGUUUCAUUUUUAGUAAGAUGACUGAACAACCUCGGAUAGUUAAAUGUCCCAAAUGCCGGCAAUUGCUUCCAGAGUAUUCACACUAUACGGUAUAUAUGUGCGGGGGAUGCGGUACAACUCUUCAAGCCAAGAAACGAAAAAAGGAGGCCGCCAAUCGAGAGUCCUGCGAACAUAAAACUGAUGCAGCUCCUAGAAACGUGGUGAAUCUUGCUUCAGAAGAUAAAGAAUGCAGCAACAUAGAGCAGCCAGCUCUUCCUCAGGAGAACGUAGUGAGGUCAAAACCAACUAGCUCUUCCUCGGAAGAAUGCUCUUUGGAGGGAGAUGGUGGAAGCAAUCAAAUUGAAAAUGGGGAAUGCAGGCAGUUAGUUCUUCUUCGGGAGAAUGCUGAGAGUACAAAAAGAACUAGUUCUUUCUCAGGAGAAUGCUCUUUGGAUGGGGAUAGUGGAAGCAAUCAAAAUGAAAACGGGGAAUGCAAUGCAGACCAGUUAGUUCUUGUUCUUCCUCAGGAGGAAAUUGUGAUACCAAAGAGAACUAAUUCUUCCUCAGGUCAUUGUUCGUCGAAUAUAAAUGGUGUAUGGGAUCAAAGUGAGGAUAGGGAAUAUGAUGAAAAAAAACUGGCUCUUCCUCAGCAGAAUGUUCUGAGGGCAGAAUCAACUAGUUCUUCCUCAGGUGAACAUCCUUUGGAUGUUAAUGCAAAGGAGGAGUUUAAUGGAAAGCAGCUAGUUCUUCCUGAGGAGAAAGUUCAGAAGACAAAACCAACUAGUUCUUCCUCAGGAGAAUAUUCUUUGGAUGUAAAUGAUAAAAAGGAUCAAAUUAGAAAUGAGGAAAGCAAUGUAAAGAAGCUAGUUCUACCAAACGGGUCAAAAGCAGAUAGUUUGUCCUCAGCAUGUUUGGAUGAAAAUGGCAGUAAGGAACAAAGUAGUAAUGGGGAGUGCAACGAAGAGCGGCUAGAUCUUCCCCAUGAGAACAUUCAAAGAACAGAAUCAACAGGUUUUUCCUCAGGAGAAUGCUCCUUGGAUGAAAUUGGAGGAAGGGAUCAAAAUGAAAAUGGGGAGUUCAAUGUAGCUUUCAGUCUAUCAGAUGAAGAGAUGGAAAAGGAGACGAAUGUCAAUAACCUGUCACGUGGUAGAUUCAAGCAGCAUAAAGUAUCCAACGAUGGUUGUUCUACUGAGCUAACAGAGACGAAGAUUGAGGCCUCAUCAGUGCUGAUGGGAGGAGAGAGUUCAGAAGGAGAGACAACUGAUACCCAGUUGCAAUUAGCAAGAGCAGCAGGGUCAGAUAAUAGAAACUUGGUAUUUCAGGAAGCAAAAGAGCAGUUAAUUGGUGCUUCAGAUGGAGUAGAUGCCAAGAAUGACGAAUCCGCUCAAAUAGAAGCGGAAGCCAGAUUGGAAAUUAAUAGAAGCGAUAAUACUGCCAAAAGCUUAACAGAUGAUAACUCAGCAUCUGGUAAGGGGAGCACAUCUGGUAAUCCUGUAUCUUCUCAUGAUAAACAAAUGAAGCAAGGUCAAGAGCCUAAACCAUAUACAUUUGAUAACUCAGAAGUAAUGAAUCAGAGUUCAGAGCUUAGUGGUGAUCUUGGAGAAUUGUCUAAAUCCCCAACCACAAGAAGCUAUCAUGCUUAUGAUGGCAGUGUCUCUUCUUAUGAUGAAAUGGAUAAGCAAUUCCCUGACCAACAUUUGAAACCUUUUGAGAAUAAUUACAAUGCGACAAAUGUUGUUUCUGAGGGAAGGCACAGAAAGGGAAAAGGCCCUGUAAAUAGCUUGAAUGUUCCACCUGAUUUGCCCAGGGGAAAGCAUCACGUCAUGAAAGACACCAAAAGGAGUCAAUACGAAGCUCUAGAGACUACAAGACGUGACCGCCCAGCUCGUCACCGAAUGAGAGCAGGGACAGAAAAUUAUCCACCUAGAAUGCCCUACCAUCGAAGUGGUUUACAAUCUAGCUAUGGGAGUGACACGCCAUCAAAUCAAGUGCCUGAUGAUGAGCACUAUUUCAGUAGCUCAAGCCUUCUUUCACCUGACUACUGUGAGGACUCUGACCAAGAGAAGUUAAAUCUGUUGAUAAUGAUCCAUAAACUGCAGAAUCAACUCAGAAGAACGAGCUCUCUGAAAGGGGAUACAACUGAAAGACUUUUCCCUGGUGUCUCUUAUAAGGGCGAUCAUGUUUCUUCGUCCCGUAACCAUGAAUUUCGUGAAGGAAGAAGAUUUAGUCAUGAUCUCAGUGACCCUUGGUGUGAUGCAAGAUACUUCCAUGGACCAAUCAAUUGGCGACAAAGGAGUAAGAUACCACCAAUACCUUUUUCAGCUGAGGCAACAAGCAGCACGCACCAUGUUGAUAAUUCUUGCUUCCAUUGUCAGCACAAAGAGUGGCGAUAUUCAGCAGACUUGCCUCCGCAUGCUCUUUUCCAGCUUGAACAGUCGUGCAAAUAUCAUCCUGGUCACAACAAUUGUUGCUUCCCUCAUCGCUCUUAUCCAUUCAACGCACCAAGGUACAUCAGCUCUAAACUCCAAUUAUAUGGCCAUGAAACAAAGUCUAACGAUCAGAGGCAUCGAGCACAUGAGAUGAGAAUGUACUUUAGGGAGAAACAGAACAUGAACAAGAAACAUUUCCGACCAGUUGCAGGUGGAGCCCCCUUUAUCACUUGUCGUAAUUGCUUCAAGCUGCUUCAGUUGCCUGCUGAUUUUCUCCUUUUCAAAAGGGUAUGUCAUCAGCUAAAAUGUGGACACUGUUCAGAGAUCCUCAAGUUUUCAUUGCAGGAUAGAAGUCAUAUAGUUUCUUAUGACCCAAGUCGGCAUGGUGACCAAAGCGAGGUGAUUAAUGGGAGCAAUCAAUUGGCUUCUUCUGCUUCUCGUGCCAAUUAUUUUCAUUCUUCACAUGUGGUCCCGAUUUCAUUUUCUGACGAUUAUGGAAAUUAUGUGUCUAAAAGCUACUCCUCAGGAGGAGAUCCUGUUUCACUGACCUCAUUUCAUCCAUUACAUGGCAGUGAGUGUGACACAAAUGUCUCUUGUGCUUUUGAGGAGGAAGACAAGAUUGCUUCUAGACAUGCUCGUACAAGUAAUACUCCUGUACGAACAAACGAAUCAACAGUGGUCUCCUCAAACAUGUCAGGGUCAGAAGCGGAGACAGUGCCGCCCCCAAGGAGCUCGCCACUUCAUCAAUUGAUGGGUUAUUCCUCACCAAGCCAAGUGAUAAGAGGAAUUCAGUCACACGGUAAUGGUAAUGAGCUCAUGAAAAAUGAACACGACUAUAGCUGAGUAUAAGUGCUUUAAGGAUUAAAGCAUAAUACUUGGGUAACAUUUCAGGACAAGAUAUGACGAGAUUUUUUUUUUUUUUUGGUUGGGUUUUGUAGUUACCAGUUCGUAAUCUUCAAUAGGAGAAAUUGGAUUGCCUUUUUGCGCUCUAACUUUUAUGCUAGAACUUAGGAGUAGCUUAGCUUCCUCUUUCAAUUUGAUUUAUAUUACUUGGGCAACAUGUGCAUCUUCCCUCUUGUUGUGCAUGGGAAUGUAUGUUAUUGGUAAUAAAUAUUAGAUGUUGACAAAUACAGGGUUCUUGUGUACUUUAAACUUGUAUUUCAUACUUUAUAUAUAUACGUUGUGUUGUGAUCA